AUGAUGUCUACUGACGAGGCUAUCUCGCGGCUUGAAAGCAUUGGUGCCGAUUCGUUCAAGUCUGAACCGGAGCGUCUUCAACUUGCCAACGCCCUUCUUGCCGCACUACGGAGAAUCCAAACGCCGUGGGAUAUUGCAUGCGCCCACGGCUGGAUUGAAAUGACUACCGUCGCUGCCGUCAGAACCUUGAUAGAUGUCGGCCUGUUCACAAAGUGGGCGGCGCACGGCAGCAAGCCACUAACGACGAACGAGUUUGCCAAGCUAACUGGCGCUGAUGCUGUUCUCCUGGGUCGUCUCUUGAGGCACGUUGCCGCGCAGCAUUUCAUCAUUGAGGUAGAGGAGAAUACAUAUGCCUCCACACCUUACGCAUUGAGUCUAGGAAAGGACCUCGCGCUUGCAUCGAUAUAUGGGUCAUUCUAUCACGAAGUGCAACUUCCACUAGCGGUAUCAAUGCCUUUGUUCUUGGCAGAAACCGGAUUCAAGAACCCCACCGACUUGCGAGAUAGUAAUUUCCAACGCGUGCAUGGCAAAGGCUCCAAUUAUUUUGAGUUUAUAGCAUCUUCUCCGCAACGAAGCCUGGAUUUUGCAAACGCUAUGGAUUAUCAUGGGCGAGGCAACAUUUCACAGUGGACUGAAGUGUACGACACCGACAACAUUAUCAAGGGCGCAGAUCCCGACCGUCCGCUCGUCGUGGAUGUCGGCGGCAGCAAAGGCCAUGACCUUGAAAAGUUCCACCAGAGACAUCCCAACAUCCCAAUAGGUAGUCUUGCACUCCAAGACCUACCAAAGGUGCUAGAUGGCUUGACAGUCGACCCUACAAUCUCCAUACACCCAUACGACUUCUUUACACCGCAGCCUAUCAAAGGCGCUCGAGCAUACUACCUUCACCGGAUCCUCCACGACUGGCCAAACGACAAGGCGACCGAGAUCCUGAGGAUGACUGCCGAAGCGAUGGAACCAGGUUACUCCAAGAUGUUGAUUCACGAGGAUAUCGUCAGCGCCCGGGAGCCCUCUGUGCAGACCACCAUGGCAGACAUCACAAUGAUGAUGAGCUUUUCGUCUGCUGAAAGGACUGAACAGGAAUGGCAAACGCUCAUCGGCGACGUCGAGGGAUUAAAGGUCACCAAGGUAUGGCACAAGCCACACACCAUUGGUGGCAUUAUCGAAGUUGAACGAGUCUAA